UAUGAUGAAAGGCAAGACAAUGGGUGUAGGAGGGGGAAGGAAUAAUGAGAAAGGAGAAAAGGAGGGGAAAUAAGAGGAAAACAUUUGUUAAACUAACAAGGGUUCGACACGACUAGAAACUUAAUAGAGGCACACGACCUGUUUAAACGGAUUAACCUCCUCAGCAAAACCUGUUUGGCAUGGGAACAAGACUCCCAGAGACACAGGAGGUCCAGACUGGAAAAUAACCAGUGCAGGACUGGCAUCUCGUAAAAAAGACUCGCCUCUUACAAGCUCUAGGAAUGGGCGGCCUUCCAGUGGUCCUGCUCCUCUGCAGUUUCCACGCGUUCACAGCUGUCGUCCAGGCCCAGCAAGCUGAGGCUCCUGGGACAUCUGUCAUCCCCCUCCUGCCACCCAACUGCAGUGAGCAGAAGUAUCCAUGCACCAGGAUGUACUCAGUUCAGCGGCCCAUGAAGAAGUGUGUCGGUUCCAUGUGCUUCUACAGCUUGCCUCGCGUCUAUCUCAUCAACAAAGAGAUCUGCACCAGAAUCCUCUGUGACGACGACGAGUUUCUUCAAGCGGAGCGGUGCCGGGAGCAGGCCGGAUGGCCGAAGCGCCUUCAGAGGUCAACCAAUCAGAAACGCUGUCAGGAUCACCGUGGCAACCUCAAAACCUGGGCAAACAAGCCUUGAUGGGGCCAACAUGGUGGCAUACACCACAUGCGGGACUGCAGGUCCUUAGAGACACAACCCAGGGGCGUAGUCAUAAAAACAACCCAUAACACUAUAAAUCCACUUCUCAACACCU